UGGGCAUGGUGUGAUGAAAAUAAAAUAUACUUCAUGAUUAAUGGUGCAUACAUUACGGGACUCGUGAAAAUUCUAACACAAAAAGGAGUAAAAUUUAUCGCUUUUUUGAAAAAAUUUCUUGAAAGGCAUUUGAUAAUCUUGGCCCACAAAGAAAGCGUGAAGUGCUUCAAGAACAUAAAAACUACCGUGACAGGACCACCGAACCUAACCUCAAUGAACGAAUCAUUCCAAGAUCAGCUCUUCAACCUGCUCAAGAUCAUACUUUCGGGGCGAAUGAAAGACCGAAAAGCGCCAAUAAUGAAGAAAAUAUAGAGCAUCGCGAUGUACAAAUGGAUGGAUCACGUGAUGUCAAUGAUGUGAUUAAUAAUCAUCCCUUUUAUGAUUAUGAAAAUAUUAUCGAGGCCAGAAAUCUGCAGCCUUAUGAAGAAAACAAUUUCGACGAAGCAAAUCCAGCCGAAUUCAACAGCUGGGGAGUGGAUAACCAUCAUGAUGACAUUGCGGACCACAUGCACCGUUUUCCACUGGAUGAAGACGAUGAUAUUUUCGAUGAAAUGGCUGAAGAACCGGCUGAAAAUAACGGUGAUGCUCAAGAAAAUCAAGCAAGGCCAGAUGAUAACGAUGCACAUCAACAGUUUGGCGAUAAUCGACCUUUGUACCGUGGCGCUACUAUUACUGUGGGUGAAAUCAUGUCAUUAAUUUUGGCAAUCCUUAUUUUUCACAACGUAGAUUACUCAUGUCUCGCAGACAUGAUCACCGUCAUCAAUUUCCAUUGCUUUCAAGAAAAUUUGAUACAAAAUAGUUUAUAUAAAUUUCAAAAAUAUUUUUCUAUCAAAGAAUCACAAAUGCAUAAGCAAUUCUACUGCUCCAUAUGUGUUAGACAAUGGUAAAUUAUAUGAAAUUUGGAUGCAAAACGGAUUCUUAUUAAAUGUAAACAACAUCUCUUUUAGUUGGUACACUGAUGGAGUUCCAAUAUUCAAAUCGUCCAAAGUUGGCUCUUGGCCUUCUUAUUUGACAAUCAAUAAAUUGCCCUAUGAAAUGAGAUUUAAAAAAGAAAAUACUAUUCUUGCAGGAAUAUGGUUUGGCAAUAAGAAGCCAAAUGCUA